AUGCAUCUGACAAAUUACAGCAUCAAUAAAAAGAAUGAAGGAGCUUACCAAGCGAAUUCAGAUGAAACUGUUUGUCAGGGACACAAAUGGUAGGUUAAAGUAGUGUUGUUCAUUCACUUGUACAUGUACUUACUGUAAUAAGCUUAAACCCCUAAACCCUAACAGUGAUUGACUUCUAAUUUCUCCUCACAGUAUCACUCUGAAUCAAGUGUAAAGGUCGUGAGAAUAAGGGAAAUGAUCAAUAAUUUAAAAAGCUCUUGAUUGUCGAACAACUUAUAUUCUCAUCAGUACCACAGGAAAUGUAAAGAGAACAAUGUGGAGAACGUAGUUACUAAUUUUAAAGUGUAAACGGUGAAUUUGUUCAGCUUUGCAAAGAAAUGUGUUGGGGUAGAGCAAGCUCAGUACAGACGAUAGUCCGACGCCGUCGUCAAAAAAUUAUUCUUUCUGUCAGUACUUCCAAGUUAUGGUACAUUUACAUUUGGAGUACAUUUGUAUUUAAUUUGAUUGCAACCUUUCUCAUAGAUAAGCUGAAAAAUAAACAUUCCAUUUUGCUAAUUAAACGUGACGCUUCUGUUUGUAGGAGUUUGAAAGCUCUUUGGGGUUACAUGAAACGCAUGAACAUCAACCAUGUUCAUGUUUGGGAGACAAUAAAGGAUUUGGUUGUCAAAGCCAUCAUAGCGUAAGUAACAGAAAGUGCUGUUGUUGUAAAGAAAUACUCACUGGAAAGUUAGUAAAAUCCAUCUUGACAAGUACAGCUGCACAAUAGUCCAUAGGUUGAAGUUUCUUUAGUAACUCAGCUAGUUUGAACUUGCGUUAGUUUGGCCAUAAAAGGCAGAAGCCGCCAGCAUUAUAGAACGAGUUCCUGCAAAGGUGGCGUAGCGGCAAAAACAAGAUACCGACACGUUUACUGAUCAGUUUUAACGUUUUUUGAGCCGCAAAUGUCUUAUUACGUACGGAGAUGAUAACUUUGAAAACUUUGUAGAUAAUAAAGAACGCAUGUAAAUUAUCACUAUAGAUACAUUUUUUGUCGCAUUUUGCUGAAAACUUGAACCCUGUCAUUACACUGUGCUUGUCCAAGAAUCUGAAGGUCUAUUUUUACUUAUUUCUACAUUUUCACCAUUUUCGCCGUUUCUUUAAAUCUUAACAUGCACAAGAAAAUUUAGUGAAAUUGAACUUCUUGAUGUGAAUGUUUCAGUUCUGACUCAGCGGUAAACACCAUGGUGAAACAGAAUGUGAGAAAAAGGUAAGAGACUGCAGUUGGUCUUGAACAACAUUUGUGCAUUUUGAACAGAGUUUAGUUAUAGUACGUACGCUAUGAUUGGUCUAUUUACCGCGCUGUUUAUAGCUGUAUGCCCUCCUCAAUUCAAAAUUUUGUUUGAAUUGAUAUCUUCGCGCACUAUUUGAACUCAGAGAUGUAACAAGUGUAAGUAUUAACAUGAUUUCGAGUGUAAUUUGGUGCUCAUAAGCACGAGUAAUUUUUUCAAAGACAACAGAAUUGCAUGAGCUCAUAGGGCAAGUGCUAUUUGUAAUCUUUGAGAAAUUUGCAAGUGCUUAUUACACCAAAAAGAAAAAGUUAUGAAAAAGAAAAAUUAUGUAAUUACUUGGUUAGUAAUGUACUUGAAAAAACAUUGCAGAAAGUCGAGACAAACGAAAUUUGAAAGCGUGCGCGCGCCAUUUGUAACUUGCACUUGUGCUACAACUUUGCACUCGUGUUACAUGAGAAUGCGCUCGUUUUCAGCUAAUCAGAAGCGCGUAAUUUUUUUUAAUGUACUUCGUUAAUAUCUUACUAAACUCGUUUUCAUGGUCCGUAGGGUAAGUUACAAAAUCUGUUUUUUUUCCCCGCUGGAACAUCUAACUCAGUCAGUAUUACUAACUGUAAUAUCUUUACUACCAUCUACAACAUUGUCUAGAUCUUGCUGUCAUGAGCUUUUUGGAUUUGAUGUCAUGUUGGAUGAGACCCUUAAACCGUGGCUACUAGAAGUGAAUAUAUCUCCAAGGUAAUUCACGCAUUUGUCAUGUUCAGAAAUAUUGACCACGCGAGAGAUACCAGUAUUCAACCGAAAUUCACAUACUCAAGAGAUUGAAAUACUGACCUCGCGAGGGAUAUGUAUCCAACUCAAAAAUUUUCAUUCUUAAGGGAUUGUAGUUCUAUGGUGUUCUUGUGAACCCAUUCAAAUAAUUGUUUUCGCAUGCAAAAAAAAAUUUUUUUCCCAUGGUCCGCCAGACAUUGGAACAUAGUAAGGGACAAAAUAUGGAAUGUUAAGGCUGCGAUUUAUAAUUUUUCUUAUCGAAAACGAGGAUGAUUUUUAAUUUAUUUUUCAAAACGCUUUUUAAUGCAAAUCUUGUGUUAAUUGAUUUAUUGCGGGACAUUUACGUGCAUUCGUUUUGUUUACUCUUUGUUUGAAGUGCAAUAAGAUGCGCAGCAAGUUGUGUAAAAGGGUGUGCAAUAGGAUGCGCAGUAAGAUGUACAAUUAGGUGCGUAUUGAGAUGCGCAGAAAAAUGCGCGGUCGAUGCAUCACUAGGGAAUGACAUUUCGUUAAUCGAGUAAACUUCGUCAAUUUCCUCCCCAGUCUUCACUCCACCUCUCAACUGGACCGUAACAUCAAGGGACAGAUGAUAAAAGACUUGUUAAACCUGGCAGGGUUUUGCAUUCCAGAAAACCUGAUCACAACCUCAACUUCAAGGUCAGUCUAACUAUUGGAAUAUCAGAGAGAAAUUGAAAUUACGAGCUAUUUGCAAAUGAUGAAUAGUGAGGCACGUGACUCCGCCAACAUGUAAUUUUUCAAUAUGGUUGCAUUGUGCAGCCCACAUAUGAGUAUAAUGUAUUAUGAACGUGAAAUUGCUGUUUGGUUUCAGCACUAGUAAUAUGAACCAGUUUGUUCAAGAUAAAGCUGUGACGGGUCUUUCUUCAGAUGAGAGAGGAAAGGUGAAUAUAUGUUAUGGAUGGCAAAUACCUACAGUUAUUUAGAACAACAUGUUUUUAUGUUGUUUGCCAGUCUUAAUUUACUGUGACAACGUCAUAUACAUAUAAUGGUAAUAGGACCGAGUGGAGUCCAAUUCGGUCGGUAAUCAUACGGGUGUUUAACAAAACUGGACGACCGCAAAGAGGGAGUCCAAUUUGUCAAUCAAGAGUAUGAUUACAGACAGAAUUGGACGACAAUAGGUCCUGUUACCAAUCAAUCAUAACGAUUACAAUUUCUAAAAACAACAAAUACAUUUAGGUCAAAUACCUCCAGUGGAGACAAAGACUAAAGUAAAAAAAAAUUGUAGUAUAGUAAUAGUCUAGAUUUAUGUUUCGAGAAGGGAAAUAGUUAGACAUGCUCUAUUGAGUGCUUUUGUGUUGGAGAUUGCUGCUGACUUAAUACUUCUCCUUCACUGACCCCAACAUAUUGUUUAAUCAUUUUACUUAUGAGCCUGCCUUACAGAUUAUUAGAACGUACAAAUGAUGUUAAAAAGUACUGGCUAUAGAUACAUUCCAUUAUUUGCGAAAAUUUAAGAAGGAAUUGACUUCGAACCAAGUCAAACUGUUCUUUUGUGUGUCGUCUUAAUUUGUUUAAGUGUUGGACGUUAUUUUUCUUGUGUUUCAGCAUGCGUUUUAUGUUCAACGUCAUCUAGACGAGGUAGGAACACAUUUUAUAACGCUUCCCUUCAAAUUCCUUUCUUUUAAAUGAUUGCAUUUGGAAAUCCCACAAUGCCUUUAUUAUUGAAAUAUCUUGCUGACAGUUACACAACAUGUUUCAUGAACUCGAAAUUACGCCGCAGAGAGCGCUUAAAGUCUGCAUCAUUGAACAACAGACACUCGACCCUUUUACUGGCUUUUCUAGGAUGCAUCAGUAUGAAUUGCGUCAAAACCCAAACGAAAGUUACCACACAGCCAGUCAAAAGAAAGAAAUUAAAAAAAAAGAAAAUGUCGCAAUGAACUAAUAAGACAAUUUACGGUGAAAUCAAGGAAAAUGCUUCGAGCGCGGAAAGGUAAAAGGGACCAAGUAGUUGGGAUUUGUGUUAGUGAACAUCAGCAUCUUGUUAUUCAAGAGAGUAUCGAGUUUUCUAAAACAAUCACAUAGCUUGUUGGAGCGUAAGGAACAUCAGUUAAAUCCAAUGCAAUCUCUAGCUGUGUUCGUCACUUACUUUGAAUUACCCGAAUUUUGAAUUUAUUGUUAUGGAAUUUUACUAAUACAAACUUGUAAUCAGUCCACUUCUCUUUCAUUCAUGUCUUUUAGCGCACGAAACAGUCAAUCCUUGACAUCUUGACACCAGACGACAUUAGAAUGCUUAUGGAGACAGAAGAUGAGGUACUCUGUACAUACGAACUUUUGAACAUAUUUUUGUUUCCUUUAUUCUUCGUAGUGAAAAGCAAAACCUAUAAAUUUUGUUGCUUAUUGUGAUGAUUAUGCGUGUGUAAAAGAGAAAGGUGAAUUCAUUUUAUCCUUUAUAAGAGACUGCCAUGCAUUCGAGAAAGUGAAAUUUGCCGUAAUGUAGCAUAGCUCGAGCGUUUUUAUUUUCCCUCACAGAAUAGUCGAAGAGGAUGCUUUCAGAGAGUUUUUCCAUCCAUGUCGUCCAACAAGUAUUUAAGAUUCUUUGAGUCUCAGGUGAGGAUAAUUUUACGUACAAACAGUCAUUACUACCUCAUUAAACUACGGGCAGUCCCUGCUUGUUGCCGAAGUCCGUCGCGCGACCAAAAGAAAUCAGAGAAAAAAGGAAGAUUUUAGCGCGCCGCGCGGAUUUAUGUAGUAGGUACUACUUAUAGUGUGUGCCACUCUCAGAGGUCCGAGCGGUGCGCCAACCAUUUUCUUUCAAUCACUGUUUUUUUCCCCGAAUGGUGCGACGGACUCCAGCAAUUUUGCUCCUUUUAAAAUGACUUUCUCUUCCCUCCAUCCUUGAUCGAAUUUUUCUGCCAAUUUCCUUAUAGAGAUAUUACAACAUUUUGUUGGACGAAUGGACAAGAAAAUACAUGAGAGAAGGGCGGAGCACAGUCCUGGGUAAGUUUAAAUUCAGGUAGAAAAAGCUAGGUCACCGUAAUGUAUAUUCGGAAAAAGUAAACUACGUUAUUUGCAGUCUGUGUAUGUAUUUGCGAUAUUUAGACUGGCUGGCUCAGUGCAGCUCAGAGCUGGUUUAAAUGGGGGCCUGUUUAAGACCAGACCACUACACCGGGAGUCGUGCGUUCCACAACGUGAGCUGAACAAGUGUAGUCCGUGUCACUCUUUAAAAUUCUGCGUCUUUUUGUUGCCCUUAUGGUCUUAAGUUUUUUCUUGUUAUGUUUCUUACGAUUCUACACUGUAAAUGUUUAUUUAAAUUGGUCUUUUUUCUUACACAGGAAUCGCUGUUCUCCAAGCUCUUGGUGAAAAGAAACUUCAUAUUGGGGCAACCUCGGAUCCAACACAUCAAGUGAGGCUUAAUUUUAUUAAUUGAUUUAUUUGUUUUCGCAAAGAAAGUAAUCAUUCCUUUAAAGAUUUUGAAAAUAGUUCGAAAUUCUAUUUGGAUUACUGACUGACUGAUUGACGACUAACUGAUUGACCGAUGGACUGACGACUGACUGACCUGCUGUGUAAACCGGUUAGCUGGCCUGCUUACUGACUGACUGACAGACCGACCGACUGACUGAAUUGAUUGAAUCGGAUCCAUCGAAUGAAUGGUUUUAUCAAGUGACUUAUAGACUGAAGAACUGACUGGCUGAUUGAUUGAUUGAUUGAGUAAUCGAUUGAUAGCUCGAUCACAAGAUUUAAGGCUUUAUCGAUUAAUUGAUUGAGAGACGCCUUUUCCUCACAGUGGAAUUGCCCUCAAGGUAUAACGUACAGGUCCUCUUCCGCUCCAGCUCUCAGUUUGGACCACGGACUCAUCAAAUCAAGGUCGGUGUAAAAAAUUAAAUUCCAACUUAAUGUCAAUUGACAAAAACUGCAUAUCGCUGUUUGUUUGUUUUGAUAUUCCUGAUGAUAACAUUUAUUUAAAGUCAAUUUAUAGGUUGCCCUCAAUCUGAAACACCAUGUCACUCUCCGUCCAUUCUCAGUGUUCUACAUGUUCUUGAGCGUUUCUUCUUUCUCUCAGACGCUUCUCAGCACCAGCUGCGAGAAUAAAGGAGUGAAGCAACUCAAACUCUUCAUCUACUUCUAUUAGGUACAUGCUGGAAAGGUGCUGCAUGGUUUUUUGGGAUUGGCGCAGUUUCUUUUAUGUUGACUUUGGUCCUUUUUCUACGAUGGGUUCUGAUUAUUCUCCUCCGUGCUCUGCACUACUUCACACACUACUUCCUUUGUUGUUCAUCCUUGUUCCUCAGAAACUCAUUCUAAGCUUGUUUAAGCUUUUUUCUAGAAGCUCUCUUGCCACUCUACUUCCUGGUUUUCGUGCUUAGAUAUUUGAGUUUGUUUGAAAUGUUAAGCUUCUUUCUUUAUUACAAUUUAAAAUUGUUUACAAGUUCGUAUUUGCUAUGUAUUUACUCUGUAGUCCGCACACCUACUUUAAAAGCUACAACAGAUCCAUUGGUAAUCAGAAGGACUCAUUUCUCGUUUUAAGCUCUGUUAGUUGAUUGUACUGCUCGCGCUGUUUCGAAUUGAGAUCAUCACUGAUUGUUUUGACUUUAUUUUUCCUUCCUCACUGUUAGUAGGCUUUCCUCUGCUUCUUCAACUAAGACUGUCAAAAGGUAUUAUGUCAGCAAUUUUUCAUGUUCCUAAACAUGUCCCAUAUGAAUAUAUCCAAAUUUGGUUGUACUACCUCAGCGCACUCGUUGCGUGAAAGUCUUCAAAGUUCAGUCUUAGUCCGGUUCUUUUCUCCCAUGCAAUUAUUUCUCUCCCCUUUUUCCAUUUCUUACUUUUCACCUUUUUAGGAAUGGCACAGCUUCCAUCUUGAAAAAUUCUCCGCGGAGAAAAUCAGCUGUUACAUCAUUUAAGGGUAAAAGGUAUUCUUUUUUCUCCCGGUCUUUCUUGGGACACUGAAAAUUCAUCACUAAUUUCACAUUACCUGUACGCAUCUUUGCGACGAGGAGUGAGAUUCUGAUCGCACAUUCCAGAUUAUUGAAGAGCUGAAUGUGAAGAAAAGGAACUAUCAUGAUUCAAUACGGUUAAGUUGCACGCGUUGUAUCGACAGAUUGUUACAGAGGAAAGUCAUGAACAGGGUCAUAUCCAGGGUUCCCAGGAAAGGGAUUUGUUUCUAAACAUCUCCUUGAAGUUUAAGUCUGUCGUUUUUCUCUUAUCCUCAGAAGAGAAGUAUCCGCAUGGCAAAAUGUGACAGUGACAAACGAAACUUUGUUCUUCUUUCUGAACCUUUUCCUACUCCUUAAAUUUUGGAUCCUCAUUCUAGUUUGGCGAUUUUUCCUCUACUAUACUUUAUUACUAAUCUCGACUUCACUUUCUUUACUUUCCUCUUUUUCUGCCGGCCGAUACCCGGAAAAAGACGACCGUCCUGUUGUUUUUACUUUUUCUUCCUCUCUUACCCUUCCAUCUUUGGUCCUCUAACUCUGUCUUUUCUUUUUGUUGUCCUCUUUUCUCCUCUCUUUAUCAAAUAGAAAACUUCGGACAACUCCACGAUGUAAGUCAGCUCCUUCUUGUAGACGUAAGAAUAAAGAAAAUUCUGAAAGCUCUAAUGAAUCAGGGUAAUAUAUAGUAACUUUCACUUUUUGUCUUCAUCUUUUUCUUUCAUUUCUACAUCAAAACUCUAAUCUCUCUAGUUCACUCUACACCUAUUUUAGCUAUUUCGUCCCAUGUUCUUGUAAUUUAAUCGCUAAUUCACAACUGACAAUCAAUGAAUUUCCAUCAAUGAAUUUCUUCAUCGGCCUAAGUGACAAUCUUGAAAACUGUAGUUUAGUUUUAGGUGUGCAAAGGUGAUCUUAAUAGAAAGUGGCACUUUGCUAUACAGCUACAUAUUCUCAUAAACACAAAUGCACUUAUGAAGUUUUUGGAUCAUUUUACCCCAAUAUUUACCCUAACCUGUUAUCAGUUGACAGUCGUUGGGUUAGGAGCGUAUUUUCUCAGAUACCAACAGUGAUUCCAAGUUCAGUUUUAAAGUGACAAAGAUACUUAUGUAAAGUGAAACCGGUUUCUUUACUGAAACGACGAUGGCCACGAUGGCCAUUAAGGCCCAGGGUGACCAUCAGACCUACAGCUCAAACUUCCACCAACCCAGGAGAUCUUAGAACUUCAUUCUAGGCCACAUAUACUACAGUGGUUUCAAAAGUAGCUUUCUGAUAUUUUGUCACAGCCAGCACUAAAUAGUAUUAUCUCAAGAACCAUUAUCCGUCUUUUUCCUUCCAGUGCUUCGGCUCCGGUGCUUCUGCCCAAAAUAAAGAAGAAGUCAACAAAAUCGCACACAUCCAAGGUG